AUGUAUCCAAACGCCCAAGAUCUCGAGUCCAACGAAAAGGUGGCAUCUCCAAAUCAAGUCGAUUGCAUCGAGCAUAGCCAGAGUGUGGACGUGGAGGAGCGCAGGGCCCUGGAGAAGGCAAUCUUGAGGAAGCAAGAUGUGCGGAUUGUUCCUAUCUGCGCGACAAUCUUCUUGUUGGCCUAUCUUGAUCGCUCCAACAUAGGCAAUGCUCGAUCUCUGAAUGCCAAAGAAGGUGAUGAUCUCCUAACAGAGACGCACAUGACUACGUAUCAAUACACCAUCGCUCUCAUGGCGUUCCUGAUCGCUUAUGCCGUCUUCGAGGUGCCAUCCAACUAUAUGUUGAAGAAGAUUCGACCAAGCCGGUGGAUUGCCUGUCUCAUGUUCGCCUGGGGUAGUUUGACGAUGGCCUUGGGUGGUGUACAUUCCUACGGCUCCGUGGUUGCGGUACGCUUUCUCCUCGGCAUGGCUGAAGCCGGACUUUUUCCUGGCCUGGUCUAUUACCUGACGUUCUGGUACCGCUUGGACGAGCGGUCGAUCCGCGUUGCCUUUGUCUAUGCAUCUGCCACCUUGGCCGGCGCCUUUGGUGGAGCAAUUGCUUUUGGCAUUGGACACAUGCAGGGACUCACCAGUCUCUCGGCGUGGAGAUGGCUAUUUAUACUGGAAGGAAUCCCCAGUGUUCUAUCCUCGCUAGUGGUGUUUUGUUUCUUGCCCGAUUUCCCGGAGACCGUGUCCUGGUUGACGCCCGCCGAGAGACAGCUGGCGGUCGAACGACUGGCAGUCGAAGGCUCGCAUCAGCACGACAGCAACUUGACUUGGGCGCAAGCAAAGAAGACACUGACAGAAUGGCGGCUCUAUGCGCACUAUUUGAUCUAUUUUGGCAUCUCGGUACCCUUCUCCUCGCUGUCACUCUUCUCGCCCAGCAUUGUCCUAGGCCUUGGUUACGCAAAUCUGGAGGCUCAAUUGAUGACGGUCCCUCCCUACGCAAUUGCCUAUGUAUUCACGAUUGUCAUCUCGUGGUCGGCCGACCACUACAAUGCCCGAGCACUUCAUUCCGCCGUAAUGGCGUUCAUCGGUGCCUGUGGAUUCGUCGCAUCCGCCCUAUUGCCUGUACACGCUUACAAUGCACGUUACGGUUGUCUGAUUGUGGCUGCCACGGGAGCCUUCUCAUGUAUUCCACCGCUUCUUGGCUGGCUUUCGUCCAACCUCCGCACCACCGCUGCCGCUGGUCUCGCCAUUGCUCUCAAUAUAUCCAUCGGCAUUCCCGGUCAAAUACUGGGGGUGUGGAUCUACACAGAGAAGCAAGCCAAAACUGGGUAUACUACCGGUCACUGGACAAAUGCAGGUAUGCUGUUUUUCGUGACAGUAACCUCCAUCGCUAUGACGUUCUAUUACCAGCGUCUCAAUCGAAAGCUUGCAGCUUCACCUAACACCUCCGGAGACACCACUCGAUAUUUUGUGCUCUAA